UUUUUUAAUGGCUUCUUGGAAUUCAGUUCCACUGGAAGUGUUGUAUAAUGUUUUGGGAUGGAUUGCGUUUGUCUCAUGGUCUAUUAGCUUUUAUCCUCAGGUCAUUUUGAAUUUUCGUAGGAAAAGUGUGGUGGGAUUGAAUUUCGAUUUCGUGGUGUUGAAUUUGACGAAGCACUCGUCUUAUCUCAUCUACAAUGCUUCCAUGUUCUUCAGUUCUGCUGUUCAAAGGCAAUAUCAUCAUCGAUACGGCGAAAAUGAGAUGAUACCUGUAGCUGCCAAUGAUGUGGCUUUCUCUACUCAUGCUGUUCUUUUAACAGCCUUUACCUUGUUUCAGAUUUCUAUCUAUGAUCGUGGAAAUCAGAAGGUAUCGAAAACUGCUAUAGCAAUUGUAUCUGUUGCUUGGUUAAGUGUUGCAGUUUGUGUGUUUAUGGGUAUCCCUAAGCAUUCCUGGCUAUGGCUAAUCUCCUGUUUCAACGGAUUGCAGGUUGCUAUGACAGUAACCAAGUACAUUCCCCAGGCUGUUAUGAAUUUCCGGAGAAAGAGCACUAUUGGUUUUAGUAUUGGUAACAUUUUGCUGGAUUUGUUUGGAGGAUUAACAAAUUACGGGCAGAUGGCAGUGCAAUCUAUAGAUCAGCAUUCCUGGGUGAAUUUUUAUGGAAACAUCGGCAAGACUUUGUUGUCAUUGGUGUCGAUAUUCUUUGACAUUCUCUUCAUUGUGCAACAUUAUGUGCUAUAUCCUUCAAGAAAAGAAGUUGUUUCUCCUAAAUUUGAUGUGGAGGAAACAAGGGACAUUGAGGGACUGUGAUUGCUGCCCUAUUCAGUUGCUUGUAAAACAGAGGUUAUUAAUUAAGUGGAAUUUGAUUUACAACUUUCUCAAGUCAUCUUGGUGUACGUUAAAGGCACAAUCUGUAUAACUCCAGUACUCUUCUUUGAGUCGAAACAUAGUUAAA